GACUUGCCAAAAGUGUCACCAACAAGGGCACAACAGCAGGGGAUGCAAGAACGAUCCAGUUGAAAAAAUGCCUAAGGAAAAGGGUAAAAGGGGAAGGCCUGCAAAGAAAAUUCCACCACAAGAUAGCUUGGCAGGCUUGACUCGAGGAACACGAAAAGAGCAUCCACAAGUGUUGAUCUCUGCAAAUGCUCGUCAAGUGAAGGAAAACAACAGGGGGUGCAAGAACGAUCAAGUUGAAAAAAUGCCUAAAGAAAAGGGUAAAGGGGGAAAGUCUGCAAAGAAAAUUCCACAACAAGAUAGCUUGGCAGGCUUGACUCAAGGAACACGAAAAGAGCAUCCACAAGUAUCGAUCUCUGCAAAUGCUCGUCAAGUGAAAGAAAGGGCAUUAGCUAGGAAAGGAGUUGGAGUGAUUGGUUUUUUGAGGAGAGUGGAAACAUUUAUAUGAGGAUGUCUUCUCACAACAAGGUAACGCAUGUGAACAAAGAGAUUCUAAGCACGUCAAGUUCUAGGAUUCAAAGCAAUGUCGUUAAAGUUCGUUCAACACAAGGGAGUCAGAAUGCACAAACACAUGGGAAA